GAGGGGGCGCGCGCGCGCACACGAGAGAGAGAGAGAUAGAAAGAGAGAGGGAGUCGUUCAGAGCAUCUCCAUUCUAAAACAAAAUAUAUUCCGCUGCAUUUCAAUUUUCUCACUAAGUAAAUAUGUAGGGGUAUCUUGUACAGUGUCUCCAGGUGAAGUUACCUUUACCCACAGCUGUCAGACAGAGCUAAAACCGUAGUCCUGAGACCAAAUCCUGUCCUUCUGUCACAUGACCGCUAAUCGUAAGUAAGCAUUUCCGCGUUCACGAGAUCUCUUGCAGCUACUGAAUGAAGCCUUGGACUGGGAUUAAUUUUUCUGCAUCGUGCUGUGGUCCAAACGCAUUGCCGAGCUGGGGGGAAAUUCGGGGAAGGGAAGCCGUGCAACGCAUCGCACGGAUACACGGCGCGGUGCCAACAUGCUCACACGGGUGAAAUCUGCGGUGGCCAAUUUUAUGGGAGGCAUCAUGGCUGGUGCUUCCAAUGGUGACCACCUCAGUGGCGUAGACCUGCCACUGAAAUUCCCUUACAUGAGACCAGAGUUUCUUGGGCUGUCACCAGAUGAAAUAGAGUGCUCCGCAGAUCAUAUCGCUCGUCCCAUCCUCAUUUUGAAAGAAUCUAAAAGAUUGCCAUGGGCUACCGGUUACGCAGAGGUGAUAAAUGCAGGGAAGAGCUCUCUUAAUGAGGACCAGGCAUGCUGCGAGGUGGUGGUGGUGCCGAAGCGCUCAACCGGAGGCUGCUCCACCCCCAGCAGAACCCCGACAGCCAAGAGGAGAUCUUCUCUGCCCAGCGGAGAGGGCCUCAGUCUCAGGGAGCAGCCGGACUCUGAGGGACUGGUGUUUCACUACUGGGGCCUGUUUGAUGGACAUGCAGGCUCAGGGGCAGCCGUGGUUGCCUCCAGGUUAAUGCAGCAUCACAUUGUGGAGCAGCUGCAAGAUGUUUUAGACGUGUUGCGCAACUUCUCUUGCCUACCCCCCACCUGCCUGGGAGAGGAGCCCAACAACCACCCGACGCCAGGGACCAAUCGGGCCCUCACACGCGCCGCCUCCCUCAGAGGGGCCGCCGGGGCCCCAGGGUCCCCCUGCACCCCUCCUCCACGCUUCUACACAGAGAAGAAGAUCCAGCAUGAGAGUCUGGUGGUCGGAGCCCUGGAGAACGCCUUCAAAGAGAUGGACUCCCAGAUUGAGCGGGACAAGGCUGUGUACAACAUCACUGGGGGGUGCACUGCCCUGGCUGCGCUAUACCUGCUGGGGAAGCUCUACGUGGCUAACGCAGGGGACAGCAGGGCCAUCAUUAUCAGAAACGGAGAGGUAAUCCCCAUGUCCACGGAGUUCACCCCAGAGUCAGAGCGACAGAGACUGCAGUUCCUGGGCUUCAUGCAGCCUCACCUGCUGGGAGGGGAGUUCACACACUUGGAGUUCCCUAGACGAGUGCAGAGGAAAGAGGUGGGGAAGAGGAUGCUCUACAGAGACUUCACCAUGAAUGGCUGGGCAUAUAAAACCGUUGACGAUGAUGACCUGAAGUUUCCUUUAAUAUAUGGAGAAGGAAAGAAGGCACGGGUGAUGGCUACUAUUGGAGUGACUCGGGGCCUUGGUGACCAUGACCUUAAAGUGCACGAUUCAAACAUUUAUAUCAAACCCUUUCUCUCCUGCUGUCCCGAGGUGAAAGUGUACAAUCUAACCCAGUACGAGCACGGGGCAGAUGAUGUACUAGUUAUGGGAACAGACGGCCUCUGGGAUGUCCUGUCUAAUGAGGAAGUAGCUGAAGCAGUCACAUCUUUCCUGGUCAACUGUGACCCUGAUGACUUACACAGGUACACCAUGGCCUCCCAGGACCUGGUCAUGCGUGCCCGAGGAGUGCUGAGGGACCGAGGCUGGAGGAUCAGCAAUGACCGGCUGGGCUCUGGAGACGACAUCUCUGUCUACAUCAUCCCUUUGAUGUAUGGUAACCGCCAACCCUAGAACAAGACCCCUCCGACAGACAGAGGGUUCCUACUGCACCCCCCCCCCCUUCCUCCU